UCGCUAGUUUCCCCUGACUUGAGCGCCGCUUGUGUAAUUUCUCUGUUAUGUGACAUUCAGACAACAGAAACACGUUCACGGCGGAGAAGCAGCUUCACCUCCAAGUCUCUAAACGUCGCAGUAAAAAAGAGGGUUAAAAUGCUGUCGUCUGUCGUUGCGAAAAGACUGGUGACCGGGGUGUGUCAGGCAGCCUGGAGACCAGCCGUCACAGGGCUGGUAUCUUCUCGUGGUUACCGCGGAGACGCGCCGGAUGACACCAGAGGCGACCUGAUUGAGAUCCCUCUGCCUCCGUGGGAGGAGAAGGCGGACGAGCCCACCGACAUCAAGAGACGCCGACUUCUCUAUGAGAGCCGCAAGAGGGGCAUGUUGGAGAACUGCAUCCUGCUCAGCCUAUUUGCGAAGCGAUACCUGAACACGAUGAGUGAGAACCAGCUGCAGCAGUACGACAGACUGAUAAAUGAACCGAGCAACGACUGGGACAUCUACUACUGGGCGACAGAAGCUCAGCCCACACCUGACGUCUACCAGGGAGAAGUCAUGGACAUGCUGAAGGAGUUCACAAAGAACCGGAACCACGAGCAGAGGCUGGACGCUCCCAGCUUGGAGUACCUGGAUAAGGAAAGCCAAUGAGGCGCACGGCCCGUCUGGACCUUCACAGAGACUCAGUUAAGGCGGAGCACUGAGUGAAUAUCAGUGUCUUAUCCCCUCCAGACGUCAGCUGUGUUUCUCUGGCUGUACACGGCAAAAUGUACAAAAUAUUUGGAGCACUUUGCUUAUACGAUACUGUCCACCUGCUUCUGUUCUCAUAUUGUAGCCAUAGCGGCCACAAGCGCAGGGAGAAGAAGAUUUGUGGACAAUUCAAGGGACAGUGUUAUGAAUAUUUUGCAUUCAUUGCAUUGUAAAUGUGUGAUUUAAGACUGUAAAUUAAAGCUGCUCAAUGUGCGUGAUGCUGGUUUUCAUUAAUGGAUACAGUUAUUUUCCUGUGCCUAUUUCAGACAUGAGGCGUAAUUUAAUAAACAUUGAUCCUCA